CGGCGGAAGGAGAGCAGCGUCACAGAGGUUAGUGCUGCGGAGCUGCGAUCAGAAAGGAGAGGAGCUCAUCAACGACUCACCCACCAGCGGCUUGUUUUCAGGCUGCAGAAUCCUUCAUCAUGACAAAAGAGGAGAACCUGGAGGUGCAGGAGAAGGAGAGGCAUGACCGGGAGGAGCAGGAGGAAGGGAGGGUCCAGAGAGAGGAAGAGGAGGCGCUGACUGAAGAAGAAGAAGAGGAGGAGGAGGAAGAAGAGGAGGACGAGGAAGAAGAGGAGGAGUAUGAGCUAGAGGAGGAGAGAGAGCAGGAGGAGAGGACAGAAGUGGAGGAAGAUGAGGAAGACGAGCAACAGGAGGAGGAGCGGGAAGAGAGAGAGGAGCGAGAGGAAGAGGAGGAGGCUCAGGCCGAAACAGAGCCAGAGCCCGCGUCUGUGUCCGAGUACCAGAGUCCGGUUCACGAGCCGCGCCGCCGAGCCAUGGUACACCCGUCCGCCCAGGCACCACUGCCCAAAGACUACGCGUUCACCUUCUUCGACCCAAAUGACCCGGCCUGCCUGGAGAUCCUCAUGAAUCCCCAAACCACGGUUCCUGAGCUGUUUGCCAUCGUGCGUCAGUGGGUUCCCCAGGUGCAGCACAAGAUUGACAUCAUCGGCAAUGAGCUCCUGAAGCGUGGCUGCCAUGUGAACGACCGUGACGGUUUGACAGACAUGACGCUGCUUCACUACAGCUGUAAGGCUGGAGCUCAUGGAGUUGGCGACCCGGCGGCAGCGCUGCGUCUCACCACUCAGCUGAUCUCCCUGGGCGCCGACGUGAGUCUGAGGAGCCGCUGGACCAACAUGAACGCCCUGCACUACGCCGCCUACUUUGACGUUCCAGAGCUGAUCCGAGUUCUGCUCAAAGCAGCCAAACCCAGAGUCCUAAACUCCACAUGCAGUGAUUUCCACUAUGGGACAGCUCUCCACAUCGCCGCCUCCAACCUCUGCCUGGGUGCAGUCAAAUGUCUGCUGGAACAUGGAGCCAACCCCACCGUCCGGAACGAUAAGGGUCAGGUUCCAGCAGAGGUGGUUCCAGACCCAAUGGACAUGAGCCUGGACAAGGCGGAGGCAGCAAUGGUGGCCAAAGAGCUGAAGCAGCUUCUGCUGGAUGCUGUUCCUCUGAGCUGCAACCUUCCCAGAGCCACACUGCCCAACUACGACAACAUCCCAGGAAACCUGAUGCUGGCUGCUCUGGGGCUGAAGCUGGGAGACCGCGUGGUGCUGGAUGACAUGAAGACUGGCACUCUGAGGUUUUGUGGUACUACAGAGUUCGCUAGCGGUCAGUGGGUCGGCGUGGAACUAGAUGAGCCAGAGGGGAAAAACGAUGGAAGCGUAGGUGGUGUCCGCUACUUCAUCUGUCCUCCUAAACUAGGGAUUUUCGCUCCAGUCUCAAAGAUUUCCAAGGCCAUAGACCAGAUGCCUUCAUCUGUCACCUCCACCCCAAGAACACCCCGCAUAGAUCUGGCCUCCCGCCUUGCAGGAAAGACCAAGAAGGAGAAAGAGAAGAAGGAGAAAGAGAGAGAGAAAGCCCAAAAGAAGAAGUCUUCAGUAGCCAGUCUGGAUCCAGAGGGCAUGAAUGUGGAAGUUGGAGAUCAAGUUCUGGUGGCUGGACAGAAACACGGCAUCGUCCGUUACUUUGGCAAGACAGACUUUGCUCCAGGUUACUGGUUCGGUAUCGAGCUGGAUCAGCCCACAGGGAAACACGACGGCUCAGUGUUUGGAGUCCGCUACUUCAGCUGCCUGCCCAAAUAUGGAGUGUUUGCUCCGCCCUCUCGCGUCCAGAGAAUUGGAGGCCCUAAAGACGGCUCACAGAACGACAACUCCACAGUGAAGAAGGUCCACCAGAUCACCAUGUCACAGCCGAAGCGCAACUUCAACACAAUGCGUUCUCCUAAAGACCUAACAUCUGAGAGCUCCAUAUCCAGGUUGCUGUUCUGUUGUUGGUUUCCGUGGAUGCUGCGUGCUGAGAUGCAGUCCUAACUACACCCUUCCUCUUCUCUCUUCUACUUCACUACCAGAUCAGUCUCUCCGCUCUACUUUCUCUCCGUCUCCUACUACUGCUUUCACCGACUUUUGCCGCCAUCAGUCAGACUUCUCGUGGUGAACCCCUGCCCCUCUUCUCUCUUACUCUCAGCCCAGAUCCUCCUAAUUUAGCCGUUCUAUAGCAAAAUCUAUAGUGCCUUGUAUCUGAUCAAAAUGUCCUGCAUUCCUUUACUGAGAAUCUGAAUCCUCCAAAAAGAAUACCCUUUUACACAUCUUAUCACCUCAUCGUCUCAGCUUGGUAUUUGUCCAUGUUGUACUGUCAUUUGGGGCCUAACAACAACCACAGAACAUUAGUUUGUGCUGCUAUAUGUUUUGUUUUUGCUGCUACUAGUCUUGGGUCUUAACGAGAUUUUCUGAUUAAUGCCAAGCUCGGCACAAGCUAGCUUAACCUUGGAAGAUAAUGCAGAUAUUUCAGCCUGUGCUUUGUGGUUUUGCAGAUGUAUUUGUUAACCUCAGAUUUUCUCUGCAUAAAUACCAGAACACGAGCAGUGCAUGAGAGCUCAAACUGCAAAAAAAAGUUUGUCUGCUCGUCUGAGACCAAGAACCUCUGCCGUGUCCGCUUGAGUUAAAACGUAAAAAUCCUGUGUGCAUGGUGAGAAAAUCAAACUCACAUCUAUUUAGUGUAAUCCCGGAAAACACUGUUUUAAUCUCAGAAGUGAAAACAGGGUUAACUGACUCGUGGUUUUAUUGUACUGAAACACAGCCAGUUGCAUUUCUUUAUCUUUGAGUGUUUGUAACAGGCUUUAUUUCCGCUGCUGGGACGUGAGAAAAUUAAGUGGUUCUUGGUCUCCUGAUUGACUCAGACUGUAUGUGGAGGAGUGUCGAUGCUAAAAUUUAUAACAAGAAGAAAGUUUGCCUUUAAUUUACAUUUUCCAAUAAUUCUGACCACAAAGAACAGCUGGAUUUGACUUUUAUCCUGAUGUUUUUCAGCAGUUAGUCUUUAAAGAUACCUUCUGUAAAAGUCUUCCAGAAAAAAACAGUUUUGGUGUCACUGCCCACCCAAAGCAGCAUUACGGUCAUCUAUAUGCACAAAAUGAUUUUGCAUAGCUGCCAAACAACAUCAGCUACGUAUGAUUAAAACCAUGACGUGUGCAGAUGAUGAGCUUUGAUAAUAUUAGGAUGUUUCAUGAACAGUCUGGAUCCCCUCUUAUGGUUGAAAGUGGUAUUACACAAGAGUAGUUUCUCUUUAGAUCUGCAACACAGUACAUAAACGUAAAGCCGUAUUCUGAUGUGGUUAAAACUUAAUCUCCUUUUGAACAAGAAUUCUUUACAGAAAGUACCUUUGAUUACUAAUCAGCAUAAUCGCAAACCACAAUCAAAUAAUCAAUCAUAACUGUAACCAAAAACUGCUAAGUGACCCAAAAUGUCGACUUUAUUUGAUGCAACUCAGAAAUCAGAAGUGUUUCCAGCCCCGUUUCAUGAAACUUUCAUGUCUUUAUGUUGCCGCUGAAUAUAAGCUUCACUUCCACCUAAAUGUGAUGUCUGAUCCAUUCAGGGUUGAAUAUUUAUUUGUGAUAAUCAGUGUCCCUUCAUCAGAUUUUAACCACCUCCAUUUUGAGGUUUUUAAUUACUUUUAGUUAGAAAUUGAACCCCUAAACAAGCUCUCCAGAGUCCAAAUCUAUUUUAAAGUUUUCUUCUCUUUCUCUGCCCUCUUCUCUCGUUCCUCUCUCUCUCUCCAUUUAAAUAAGACUUUGAUAUCUUCUGUGAAUGUGAGCAUCCGUGAAAACAAAAACACAAGGUAACCUAAAUGUGUGCUUCAUGGUAAAAUCUCUCUGCAUAACUGAGAAACAGCAAUAUUGUAAACAGUGUACCUAUCUCUGUGUGGAAAUGUUUCCUAUGUUAAUGUCUCUUCACACUCUGUAAGCACACCGAUACAGAGAGAUGAACACACUCACGCUCUGAUGGCUGAGGCUGCUGCGGGCGAGGCUGAGAGAAUAACUGGACAACAAAAGGGAUGAAAUUUAACCUCAGUUUUGAUUCGAGAAUCAUUUUCAAUUCAAUUUUAUUUAUAUAGCGCCAAAUCACAACAAACAGUCGCCUCAAGGCGCUUUGUAUUGUGGGUAAAGACCCUACAAUAAUACAUUUCAAGUCAGAGAAGUCACCAAAGUGGCAAGUGACCCUGACAACACCAGGAAGUCUCUAAAACGUAUUUAUUGAGGUCAGAUCCUCAAUUUAUGCAUGUUUCAUUGUUCGAUUUUUGGAUGAAACAUUCAGAUCUCACAAACAAGAUCCAAGGGAGAUUUGGAAACUGUGUUUCCAGAAAUGUAAAACUUUAAAUUGUCAGUGUAACGUGAUCAGAUACCUUCCUGCAAAUCAUUUGAUAAAACCCUUUUAAAGCAUGUUGGGUUUAAAGUCGACCGGGCUCUCAGAUGGAGCUUGUUGGCUUUUCUCUCCGUCAGUGUCUCUGCUCUGCAGCCUCGGCUAAAGGGAACACUUGUGGUUGCUCCUGCACACUGCUGUGGAUAACGUCCUGUUUGUGCCCGUGGAAUCAGCUUCAACAUGAUUCUUUUGAGAACUGCAGUGCUUUUGCUUUUCUGCUCAUCAGGUGCUCAGUUUAAUACAGCCAGCUGCAGGAUUUAGUCCAUGUGGUUACAAACCUUUCAUUCCUGCUCGAACUUGAUGUGAGCGUCGCCGCUAAAUGAGAGAACAAGCGGCAUGUCACACAGUUGGGUUGUAGGUUGAGCUAUGUUGUGCUCUCCUUGGACACAAACUGCUGUCCUGGUAGCACUGAAUAAAUACUACCGUUUAUUUAAGCUGCUUUAAAACUGUUCUCAAAAGUUCCUUGAAGACUUCAACUCCUCUUCUGGGAUGAGAUGAAAUUUUAGCACUGGAAUUAUCAAAUGUUAAAUCCAAAUUAGCCACAUUUCAUUUCAGCCACAUUUCUGAAAAAUUCCUGCAUCCGUAGAGUUGGUGGAACAGUCCAAAAAUGCCCUGAGAGACAGCUUUUGACCAACAUGACUUGACAUUAGAGCGAUAUGCAGAUGACUUACUGCUUUACCUUCACAAAUCUUCAUCACAGUCACAUCCCAAACAAGCUAGAGAAACUGAAAUCAGUCCACAUGUUGUACUUUGCAUCUGUUUAUAGUUUCACACUGGAAAUGUGUCGCUACAAAUCAGCUGUUGUAGCACGGCGUUCAAUGCUUAAACUCCACAGAGUUGGGAUCUGCUGACUCCUUUAUCUUAGGCAAGCAUUAUUGGACCACAGUGAUGGUGGAAGUUUGUCUUUGUACAGUAAACGUACAGUAACAGUACAGUCGAUAUAUAUAUCGGUUUGAACGUAGUGUACUGUGUAAAUGUGGAGCUUUCUCUGGUUUGGCCGCUAAGCGUCACCAGUUAUUAAUCUCACGAUAAAGAAAGCAUUACAGAUGUUUUUAUCACUUUGAUUUGCUGUAUUUAAAGGGUGUUGCCACUCUUUUUACCUGAUUUUGCUCUUUAACUACAAACUCUGUGUACUGCACAUUUUUGCUGACUGCAUUUUAAAUGAUAUUCUUUGUUUUUAGAUUGGUUUCCUCACUUUAAGGCAGCAGGAAUGAGGAAUUUGCACCCUUGUCAACAUCCAGCCACUGAAACUCCACCUCAUAUCCAAAGUCCAUUACCUUUACCAAGUCCAUUAUCUCUCCUAAGCCAAACUGUGUCUGAAAAUGUAAAAUAUUCUUUAUAUCUGAAUACCAUUAAGUCUAGAAAUAUUUCCACAUUUACUUUUUGGUUUCAAACUGGACACAGACCUCAGCCUCCUGGGUGAAAGUUUGAUGCCUUCAUCACCCACAUAUCGGUAAUGACAUUUAUUGUGGCUGAUAAAUGAAAAUUUAAAAUAUAAAGAGAUGCGUGAAACGCCCUUCAGCCACGUUACGAGUGUUGAUGUUGCAUAGUGUGCCCACCAGAGGGCGCUCUGCAACUUCCGUGUCGGAAAUAUGUGUUUGGACUGAGACAAGCUACAACCAGCUGAUACGACUAAUCCACGACUGAUUCAGAACUGCACUGUCAUAUUAUCUUAGUAAGGACUCACAGAUAAGUACGCAUAACAAAUAUUUGUGUUUCAUGCAUCCAGAAGAAAAACGUAUCCACACUUAUUUAUUUGCCAGUCUAAUCAAUUUGGUCCCGAUAUGGUUGUUACUUUUUAGAUUUUUCUGUGGUCCUCUCAGUCUGAGUGCACCUCCUGUUACUGCGGCUCACAGGAACGUAUUGCAUCAUAUGUGAAUAAAAGUUGUUGGCAUUGGAGGUGUGGAGGUGUUAGCUUCCUCCAUGCUGCACCAUCAGCUGCUGAUGGAGUGAUUUAAACAACAAGCGGCAGAACUGAUCAACAAGCUGAAACCAGUUUUCAGUAUCAGACUGAUAUCUGACCCAAAUAUCUGAUCAGUGCAUCUGUAAUCUGGCUGGCUCUGGAGGAGCAUUAUUAUUAUGUUGUUGGAACACAGACACGGGGACCUUCCUCAUCUUCAGUAACUGAAGAUGAAGCUGAGUUGAAAGAAGUGGAGUUUAUUCUCAGUGGUUUCAGCGAUUUAUUUCUCCCAUACUAACGUGAAGCCAGGAGCUCCUGAUUUUCAGAGCUGAACUGACACCAGCAGCUGCCUGAAAGGAAGGAAAUCAGUCAAGUUUGGAUCAGCAGGAAUGUAAAGUACGAAGAUUUGUAGUUGAUGGGCUGGCAGACUCAGAGUCGGUGGUUCGGUCCUUUAAAUAACUGACGGGUGUCUGAGAAUAUAAUGUUGAAGUCAUAGAAACUAACUCAGCACUGGUUGUUUUAACAUUAAGAGUCUUAAGAUUAUACAGUAUAUAGCCUAUAUUUUGAUAACUUCACUAAGUGUACUUUUUGUUCUCUGGUUUUGUAAAGUGUGUGUGCGUGUGUGUUACUUUAGUCCGUGAGUGUGAGUCACUCCUGUUUUAAAAGUGUGUUUAAAAGCUGACGAACGCUGAAGCAGAAACAGGGGAGAACGAGCAUCGGACGUCUUCUUCCUAACAGGUCCUCACUGCAUGCUCUCUCUCUGUAACCUUCUCUCUCAGUAUUUUCUCAUUCGGGGUUUUCAGUAUACUGUAUGUAUCUUCUUCUCAUCAGCAUGGAAAUGCUUCUAAUAAUAACAACUCUAUGACUAUAAUAAAGAUUUGAUGUUUUUCUAAA